AUGCACAAAAACAUCAUCGCAUGCCCGGAGCUCUUGAACCAGAUGGAGUCCUUUGAAAGCUUUUGCCAGGUUCGAAAAUACCACGUCGAUCUAUUACUCUACUGGUCCAAGCUGAUCGCCUACAGGGUCAACAUUCGAUCUGAUGAAGGAGACUUUGACAUUCUAGCCAAACUUUCCGAUCUAGCGCUCUAUCUCAAUCAAGCCGCAGACACACAGCCGUCUACUGGUAUCAUACACCUCGAGCCCAGUCAAAGAAUGACAGACCGAGUGCUCCGUGAAAGAUCCAAAUACAUCUUUUUGGCAGACCAGAUGUUGGAAAUGGUUCGCUUCCUGACGGCAAAUCCGGAUAUGAUUCAGUUGUCGGAUCUGCUCAAGAUGUAUGCUCUUCAGCUGGGACGAUUGAGGUGUCUUGAUGGGCACUUUUUGGACGAUGAGUAUGCAGCAGGUAUGGACCGGAUGGCGGAAGAGCUCUCUCCCCGGUGGACGGAGAAUGUAGGUCAUUGGCAUUAUGUGGCAUGGACAAAGCUGCAAUCGGGAAUGAAACCAUGA